UAUUUUCAGGAUGGGAACAAAAAUUCUUAGACAUUUUAUCAAAGAAGAGGAGAUGGAUAUUCCUUUAAUUCCACCAGGUUUUGAGUCAUUUGCUCCUCAAAUCCUGAAAGGUGGUGUAGAAGACAAUAAUGAAACAAGUAAUAAUUCAUGCUCAAUCUCCACUAGAUUGGAAACACUUGAUGAUGACAUCAAACCCUUAAUCCAUGCAAAGGACACUACAAACAUCAAAAGAACCCGAAAGCAAAGGAUUAAGAUAAACUAUAACAAUGAUCCAGGACAUGGACCUGAUUUGGAUAAGGUGACAGCAAGGUGGCGGCCAGAAAAUGACCGCAGGCCUGUUCUUGAGGAUGCUCCGGUUUUCUACCCUACUAAAGAGGAAUUCAUUGACACUCUAAACUAUAUUGCAAGUAUACGGCCCACAGCAGAAAAAUAUGGGAUUUGUCGAAUUGUUCCACCUCCAUCUUGGAAACCUCCUUGUUCCUCCCUUAAGGAGAAAAAGAGGACUGGAAAUCUAUCAGACAAAUCUGAAGUCUUCUGUGAUGAAGUUUGUCAGAUCAAAUCCUCACUUCUCUCGGGUCUACUUGUUGUCGCAGGAAAACAACAAUAA